UAAAAGGCAAUACAACAGGAGCAAACAGAGGAAUCAUUCAGCUUAAGCUUCCAUUGCCAAGAUGAAGCUCUUUCUUUUUGGCUUCUUGGAAAUAGUAGCAGCAACACUCUUCUUUCUUGCCCAGUCCUCAUCAUCUUCUGGAGAUACAAUGAUUCAGAACCUCACUCUUGUCAAUGGACAGACCUUGACAUCGACAGGAGAAUUGUUCCAACUGGGCUUCUUCAGUCUAGAUAAUAGUUCAGCGAUGGGAUACUUGGGAAUCUGGUACUGCGAUCUCACACCACAAGAAGGCACUGUAGUAUGGAUCGCCAAUCGGAACAAUUCUGUCAACACAUCCAUGGCAUCCUUCAACCUCACUUCCGAUGGAAAUCUAAUCUUAUUUGAGGAAGACAGAAUAGUUUGGUCGACGGGAACGAGAUCCACAGGACUCAAUUCUACACACUUGCAGCUUUUAGAAUCUGGAAACCUCGUGCUGAACGACAGCAACUCGAUUCUAUGGCAGAGCUUUGAGGACUCGAACGACAUUGACACGUAUCUCCCUGGCAUGAAGCUCGGAUUUGACAACCGGACCAACACUUCAUGGCAGCAAGUGUCAUGGAAGAACCUCACGGAUCCUUCUCCGGGAGACUACAUUCAUGUGAGUCUUGCUCAACCUAUUCCGGAUUUGUUCACGUUGCACAGAUCCGCCAAGUACUAUCGAAGCGGCCUAUGGAACGGAAAUGGUUCAAUCGGCCAUCCAUCAAUGGUGAGAAGACAGGUAGCAAGCUCAGUGAGUUUCACGUUUGUGCUCAACCAGAAUGAGACCUACUAUAUGGCUAAUUACACGACCUCGCCGACGCCGGUGCUGUCGCGGUCAGUGUUGUGCGUCAAUGGAACCUUCCAGCGUUGGUUUCUUGAAACGGGUGGCAAGGGAGAGUGGCAACUCCUGUGGUCGUUUCCGGAGGACGACUGCGAUAUUUACAAUCACUGCGGUCGCAACAGCGUGUGCACCAAGUCAUAUGAUGGUGUCUACUGCCAGUGCUUGGACGGGUUCGUAAAGAUUGCAGAGAACGGAUGCCAGAGGGAGAAGCCUUUGAAUUACUCGUCGAACAACCAGUUUUCUAAGGCGCAGAACAUGAAGGUCCCCGACACUGAGAACGCUACGCCAAGAGGAAAAAUGAGUCUCGAUGACUGCAAGAAUUUGUGCUCGAGUGAUUCCUCCUGCGUGGCGUAUGCGGUGAUCAGUGGGUCUUAUGGAUGCAUAACUUGGCCUGGUGAUCUGUUGGAUCUCAGGACUUUUGAUGAUGGAGGAGGAGAAGAUUUAUACAUUCGACUAGCAGAAUCAUCCACAAAGAAGCAGGCGUAGGUGGCGAUAGUCAUUCCGCUGUUACUCGGAUUUUUUCUUCUAUGUUGUGUUGGCGGCGUACUCGAUUGGAGGAAGAGAAACAGAGCGUCAACCAGAUUGCUAUUGCAAUUGCCAAAUAUAAAGGAAGGUGACUCGGUGAGUACUCGUGAUGAUGUAUCAGAGUCGAGGUCGAUCGCGAUCGACUCUGAGGAUUCUUGUCAGCAUAAUACUGAUAAAGGAGUAGG